AUGGCGUCCCAAAGCGUGCUGCUUCAGUUCAAUUUGAAGCCUGAGGAUUCCGAGGUGGGCUCCAGAUGCGAGGAGCUCAUGGCCAUAUUUGGUCUUAGCGCAGAGGACCUGUUUGUCCAAUGGGAGACUUACGUGAUGAACGCGAGCGCAGCAGAUGAUCCGCUGCAGUUGAAUAUUGAGAAUCUGGGGAGGCUUCAGGAGCAUCUCCAGAAAAAGCUUGUGAAAAGCCAGCAGAAGACGCCACUCUCUGCAGUCAAGCGUCCCAUGAUGAGAACGCCGAACAUCAACCUAAUACCCUCGACCCCGUCCGCGAAAAAGCGCAGAAGAGAUACUCCACGGAGUACCGAUGCCAGUUUUGCGGGCGUAGGGUCGUCGCCACUGAGGUCCUCUCCUACGAGAUCUGCCGUCUCGGGUGAAAUCAUCGAGACGUUGAACGGCCACUUGAACGUUCUUCCUGGUAGCGGGAUCAGGCCCAAGCUGUUGGCCAACUUCAAUCCUCAAAAAUACAAGUUUCGCACCAUGAAUCAGAAACUGCUGGAAGUGGCGGACUACUUGGACGAGCAAAUCGACAGCAUGGCCAAAGUUGUGCUCGAGCACUACAAAUUCGACAGCGAGGAGUUUGGCAACCCGAAUAUCCAGUCGCAGAACGAGAUCCUCACUGUGGGGCGGAUCGUGCCAGACUCGCCAUCGACAGCGUCCGACGCCGACCUGAAUGCCAAUUCUCUGUUCCUGGAAACGUCGCGACUCGGCGGAAUAGGCCAGAGAAUCAAGCUGGACCUGUCCUCGCUGCACAACUACUCGUUCUUCCCUGGCCAGAUCGUUUGCUUCCGCGGCCAAAAUCUCACAGGAGAGUUCUUCAAAGUCACCGAAAUGUACCAAAUACCAUUUCUCGAAUCACCUGUCUCGUCCGCCGAGGAGUUGCAGUCGUAUGAGUACGGAGCAGGGAAUAUGAAGGUGGUCUUUACUGCGGGACCGUACACACCGCAGAGAGAGCUGAAUUACAGCUUUCUGGCGGACUUCGUGGAGAAAAUGAAUAACGAGGUGCGUCCCGACACAGUGGUGAUGUUUGGGCCCUUUGUGGACGUGAAUCACGCACAAGUAGCAGACGGAACGCUGCACUUCGACGGACUCGAAAAACAACCGGCGACGCUAGACGACGUAUUUCGUGCUGUGGUGGCUCCGAUCCUGCGAAAACUCGAAUGCCUGGUGAUCUUGGUGCCUUCCACGAAAGAUGCAACCACCAAGCACGCCGCGUAUCCGCAGGACUCGUUUGACAGAAAACACCUGGGCAUGCCGAAAAACGUCAAAUGUUUCCCGAACCCAGCCACGUUUCAGCUCAAUGAAUUCCUCAUCGGCUGCUCCAACAACGACAUUUUCAAAGACCUCAAGGACGUGGCCGCAGGCGACCCCUUGAAAGAUUCGCGCUUCGACAGAAUAUCUAGUCACGUGAUCGAGCAGCGGCGGUACUACCCGGUGUUUCCUGGUGGAUUGAAGCAGAAACGGAGUCUCAAGGAGGACGAGCAGUCUCUGCACAUCAGCGGCGCGGACCUGCAUGUUAGCUAUAUGGGACUAGCUGAGUUCAAUACGUCUUUGCCGGAUAUUCUGGUGAUUCCCUCAGAGCUCAAGGCGUUCAGCAAGAUUGUGCAGAAUGUGCUAGUGGUCAACCCUGGCACUUUCAUGCGCCAGAAUUCAGCAGGCUCGUACUGCGAGGUGAAUGUCAAAGCACCGAAACUUGAUGAGCUCGAAAAAGCGGGCGAUUUAUACCUGCACACCGUGUGGAAAAGAGCACGGGUCGAUGUUAGACGAACAUAA